CGAGAUUUCUCACCUCACUUCCCGUCCGUAAUCUGUGCCUUAGGUAACUUCCUGAACACAGAAUGACUGAAGGCUGCAGAUCCGGACCCCGAGCACCUGUCUCGUGCGGAUGCCGAUGUGCGCGCACCCGGCCGAAUCCUCUCCCCCCACACUCUGUCGUCGUACAUUACGCUUCACAUAUUACACUCCUCCUUCCUCUGGAGGCGUCCGCAGCCGUUAGAAGCUCUCUAACGUGCUAUCAUAGAGAAUACUGCGUAGCCUAUAGUACGUGUUGUCUAAUCGUGACUGAAAGAUUACAGCAAAAAGCUGCAAUACGCUAUCUCACCGAAGGGUGAAAAAUUAGACAUAAACAAUGUAGUACCGUAAAGCU